UAUUUUAAGCAAGAAACUUCAAAAGUGACCGUUAGAAUUUGGCAACAUUAGGCAUGCCCAAACAAGGAUGAACUUCAAGCUUAAUUUAACCUCUCCGUCUUGAAGCCCUUUCAGCAACUUUGUACCUCUUCGCCGACAUUACCAACUAUAGGCAACAAAAACAUGAGAAACUCACUGACUCCUGAGUACCCAUGUGCAGUUUAACUUGGUUGAACCGAACACGGAAGUGUGUGUCAGAUGUGUAUCUUGCCUAAGUGGCUGACGCAGAGGUUUCCAGCAAAACCACAUUUCCCAAAAUGCACCGUGGAUUCUGGCGACAUACACGCUACGAUGAGGUGAAGUGCUUGUUUUCGUCUCGUAUGUUGUGACUAGCUACCUGUAAACUCAGGCGUAACGGUUGUUACAUCGGAAUUACCGCGGUAUCCCCGGGUAUCCGUUGCCCUCUGGAAUUACUGUCAGGCCGAGGGUUCCACCCCCGCUUCUCUUUCGGUGAGUUUAUCGCCAUGUUAUCAUCCGUUCCCACCAGGCUAAUUGCGCGAAGGUCGCGCAGCCUGUCACCGUGCGCCCGCGUUGUCCAGACCAGCGCAAGCGGUGCCGCGUGCCAGACCAUCCGCGAAACACCGGCGGAGGCCAACCGCAACCCCAUCGUGUCCACCUCCCGGGUCUCCAGAAGGGGGAUUUUGGCCGAGGAGACCACUGGUACCAGUGUCAGUUCGUCGGUGCAGUACCACCACCUCGCCCCUAGAUGGUUGUCCAACCUGGAGAACCGCCGCAGCUCCUGGGCGGCUCUGUCCAGCAGAGGGCGCAACAAUAACCAGUACUGGGAGGAGAGCAGGCAGAGCGGCGGAGGUGAGGGCCGGGGAACAGGAGGAGGAGCCCGCCGGGCAGGACUGGCCUCUGCCGGUGUGCUGUCUGCUGCAGCCGUGGCCUUCUGCCUGAAGAAAGACUCUGAUAACAAAGGUGAUGCUCUUCUGGAGGCAGCAAGGACCAACAAUUCUCAAGAUGUGGCCAGGCUGUUAGAGGAAGGGGUGGAUCCAAAUCACCGCCAUCGUCUCGGUUGGACCGCUCUCAUGGUGGCUGCCAUGAACCGACAGCACAGUGUGGUGAAGGUUCUGCUCGAAGCCGGUGCUGACCCAAAUGCCGGAGAUCACUUCAACAACGUUUACGACACCUCACGGGAAAAAGGCAUCCACUCCCUAGAAGUCCUGGUGUCCAGAGAGGAUGAAUUCAGCAGUAGGCUCAGCAGUCGAGCUGGUUUCCGUGGUUGCACGGCGCUUCACUACGCCACACUGGCUGAUGACCCACGCACUCUCCGCAUGCUGCUGGAGGCUGGUGCCAACCCCCUGCAGACCAAUGGUUUGGGACACACAGCACGAGCCUAUGCUAAAGAGGGAGAAGUGAGCACAGUACUGCAGCAGUGGGAGAACAAGUUCCAGGAGGCGCAGGCUCGGCGAGAAGCAGAAGAGAGGAGAAGGUUCCCCCUGGAGAGGAGGCUGAAGGAGCACAUCAUCGGACAGGAGGGGGCCAUCAAUACCGUUGCCUCGGCCAUCAGGAGGAAGGAGAAUGGUUGGUACGAUGAAGAGCAUCCCCUCGUAUUCCUUUUCCUUGGUUCAUCAGGAAUCGGAAAGACAGAGUUGGCCAAACAGGUGGCUCGCUACAUGCACAAGGACAUUAAAAAGGGUUUCAUCCGUAUGGACAUGUCUGAGUUCCAGGAAAAACAUGAGGUGGCAAAGUUCAUCGGCUCUCCGCCAGGGUACGUGGGACAUGAGGAAGGAGGUCAGCUGACCAAGCUGUUGAGGGCAUGUCCCAACGCCGUUGUCCUGUUUGAUGAAGUAGACAAAGCCCAUCCUGACGUCCUCACUAUCAUGUUGCAGCUCUUUGAUGAGGGUCGUCUCACAGAUGGUAAAGGGAAAACCAUCGAAUGUAAAGACGCCAUCUUCAUCAUGACGUCUAACGUUGCAAGUGACGAAAUAGCCCAGCAUGCACUACAGCUCCGCCAGGAAGCUGAGGAGGUCAGCCGCAGAAAGCUGGCUGACAACCUUGAGGAUGUACAGAAAGGUGAUAACAUCAAAAUCUCCCGACAGUUUAAAGAAUCUGUGAUUCGACCAAUACUGAAGGCUCAUUUCCGGAGGGACGAGUUUCUCGGUCGGAUCAAUGAAAUUGUAUACUUCCUGCCGUUUUGUCAUUCAGAGCUGCUACAGCUGGUCAGCAAAGAGCUCAGCUUCUGGGCCAAGAAGGCCAAGCAGCGCCAUGACAUUACUCUUCAGUGGGAUCGUCCAGUGCUGGACCUGUUGGCAGGCGGGUAUAACAUGCAUUAUGGAGCGCGCUCCAUCAAACACGAGGUUGAGCGGCGGGUCGUCAACCAGUUAGCCGCAGCGUACGAGCAGGAGCUGCUGCCAAAAGGCUGCACCCUGCGUCUGUCCGUCCAAUCGGAGGGCCAGGAGGAGCGCAGCUCGCUCAGUCUGCGCCUAGAGGUGGUAGGAGAGGACAGCUCAUCGAGAACGCUGGACAUCCGUCCACCACUCAGCCCUGAACACUGACAAAGAGCAAACAAAACACAAACACAGAAGGAUCUAUACGGAUACGUAUGCACGCACGUACACUUGUCUCACACACACAGUAUCAUCAUCAUCAUCAUCAUCAUCAUCACACAGUGUCAGGAGGAUGGAUGGUUCUUGAUGCAUGCUACCAAUAAAAGUACCUCUGAUGAACACAACAUCACUGCCUCUCUGUUUCAGUACACACAUGCACUGAUUUCAUGCCAACUUGUCAACAACAUCCAGUACAGUGUCUGCCAACAAACAGUAAAUAAAGUCAACCUCCUGCUAAAGUUAAAGUUACAACAGACCUUCACAGCAGUUGGAAUUGAUAUCAAGAGCUAUGCACAGACUCAUUAGGUGUAAAAAUAAAGCACGGGCUAAGGGAAGGAAAUGUGCAGCUUCAUCAUCAUCGGGAACAUCAUACAUCUCAUCAUCGGUGGACUGAAGCCAUCGUUUUAGCUGAAAUAAAAGCUUUGCUGCAUUAUGUUUGUAGAAGUCAACUGUUGAGCCACUUAGCUGUUACACUGAAAAGUUUAUGUCCACCUUAUUAAAUAGAAUACUGAAAACCGUAAAAUAUUUAAUAUUUAUUAAAGCUAUUGUAUGUAAGUUAAUGGCAAUGGACAGUGGCAUAUCUGGCGUUCGGGGACCUAUUAAAGCUGUUGCAUGAAUUGACAAAGAUGAAGAAUGGCAAAUGGAGAAAAAUGAAAGUGGGUGUUGAUAAGAAAACUUCAACUAGCAGUAAAACUCUUGCUAUACCAAGUGAUUUAUUUAAAAGGUGACAGAUCUUUUGAAUAAAUAAAAGCCAGUUUCUCCAUUUACUGUGAUUGAAAAGAAAGCAUUAAUGACCAAAGAUAGUUUGACAUUGCAUCAGAUCGUUGCCUGUGUCUUCACUGUAAUGCACAUUUCCCUCGUGGAGAAACCCCUCACCAGUACAGCUACACUGAUAAAUAUAUGUAGAAACAACCUGCUUAUUCAUAUUAUUUUUAAUAAAGAAUGUGUUAGUGGAGAUGUCCCAAGCAAAAAUGUACAGCAGUCAGUUUGAGUUACAGAUAAUAUAACUGCCUGGUGAAUUGAUUCUGUUGAUGCAUUUUAAUGUAAAGACAUUUUGCUCUGGUGCCGUACAGUGUGUGUCUGUGCAGGCAAGUCUGUGUGACAUUAAGAGAAAUUUAGAGUCAUAAGGAAAUAAUAAUCAAAGCGUUGUAUCAUAAAUGUUUGAACAGCGUGUUGACAAGGCAGCAGAUGUAAUCGAGCAACAUUUCUCAUUCUUGUAUGACAACCUCCAUCUUGUAAAUAAAAUCAUAACG